GAGAUACUCUUUACGGUAUGAAGAUCGCGAGUACUGGUCUCGAGGCGCCAGGAGCAAUGGUCGUCGUUUCCUCAGUAUUCAUCAUUCGCCGCAUCACUUUGCCAAGCAUCGUCGAGCAACUGUGCCUCCUUCAGAUUGUACAUUGCAGUGGAUUCGAAGCUUCUCGUAGCAGAAUGACAUGGUAUUUAGUAGAUACGAUGUAUCGCAGUAGCUUCCUUCAGCACAGCGGUCUACUUCAUCUGUCAUUCCAAUCAUGGAUCUUUUUGGAUACGGGACGUCUCUCGAGCUCGAUGCGAAAUUUGUGAGAACUGGCGCAUGGACUAACCAGGAUGAUGGGCCUAUCCUCGGAAGAACGAUAACGACUGACACGCAAACUGGCAAUCUUGUCGUUGCCCUACUAGCUAUAUUAUCAACCCUCGGUACGGCACAUCUUUGGCAUCUGAUCGCAUUUGCGAUCCAUCAAUUUCGAGCCAAUGGCCAUCCAGCAGAUGCUUUGUUCAGACAACAACAAGCGCUGCUCCGUACGCUUCCGACUCCAAGCUCAGUCAUUGCUGAAGCGCUAAAGCUAUAUUGGGCUUGGAGAAAAAAGGCGGAUCGACCCUUUCUACGGUCAAUAUUGUUGGUACUCAUUGCCAUGCUUUUCGCAGCGAUAACGAUUACCGCCUCCAUCUUCUCCUCCCUCAUUGUCGACACUGGAACGGUUACAGUCAUGGUAAAUUCUCCGAAUUGCGGACAAGUAAACCUCACUGGAACAGUAUGGCGGCCAUACGGGCAGCUGAUUGACAGAGCUGCUUCUGCAUAUACCCGGGAAUGCUAUCGUGAUGGCCCACUGCCUCCAGCCUGCAAUGUAUUCACGCAACCCAACAUACCGCUCAACCUUGAAAACGUUCCUUGUCCCUUCAACGAAACCAUGUGCGAUACCAAAGACGCCGUUCGCAUCGACUCCGGUCUUAUUGAUGUCAGCAAAACUUUCGGACUGAAUCUGGCUGCUCAAGACCGCGUAUCCUUUCGCAAGAAGACUGAGUGUACCGUUCUACCAGUAGAAGGAUACUAUGAUGUCGUUGAUUUGGAAGAAAGGCCUAUGUGGAAACCCGAUUAUCGAGAGAUCUUGCCGGGAGAACAGGUUGCGGUUUUUUUCUACGGGCCAAGGACUCCUCUCGAAACUGGAGAGAGCUACUACGUACACCUUCUUUCCUCGAACUCUAGUGGAAAUCCUUGGGUGCCUCGCGGCCUGCAAUGGUUUAGAAAGAAUGAAACCAUCGCACAAUCAAGUUGGAUUCCUAGGAGGGGGAUAAAACCUAUCAACGCAGACGAAGCAGAAAGCGAUAUUAUCUUGAAGCAGUUCUUUGGUGGUUCCCUCUCCUUCGAAAAACCGAUCAACGACCCGCUUUAUUCUUCACAUAAAGAAUACGAAAAGGUUGACUUCUCUACUGGCGAGGUAUCUAUGCGCUAUCAAGCUGAUCACCCUAGUAAGGCAGUUGCAUGUACCCAAAACUUGCAAUACUGCCAUGCAAGAGAUGGCAAAGAAGAUUGGUGUACGCCAAUGGAAGGUGUACCCCAUCCUCAACAUAUCGAACAAGAUUUCUCGGAAGCAAACGAGGUGCAGCGGGCGAUAUUAGAGCUGCUGAUCAGGUCGACGUGGUUGCACCCAACCUCGGAUGUUCUAUCAUGCAAGGUCAACACAAUGAUAUCUUUGAACGAAUUCACAGUUAGAGACAUACCAGACGACUUCUGGAAACAAGAAGUCCUUGGCUGGGAACAGCAGACUUGGGGGGCUAUGCAAGUUAUGGUAUCGCGUCAUGCCAUAGGGCCCGCAGAAGGUGAUUCGUUAGCAGACGGGUAUCUCAUAGAGCCGAAGACUGAGGGCGAGCGGACUCUUUGUGGGGCGCAGAAGAUGAAGAAGACUGGUGGGUUUGUUAACAUCAAUGUCUUCGGUCUCUCGUUCAUCAUAGCCUUCUCCGUCCUCGUCGCAAUCAUCGACAUCACACUCCUCAAAUUCCUUGUUUACCUCACUCGCUUCCGCCGCGCGCUCGGUCCUCGCAUCGCCCGCUGGACACAAGACGGAGUAUGGCAACUGCAACGUCGAGCCUACGAGGGAGAAGGCCACCGCAAUUGGACUGAUUUGGAGAGCGAAAUUCCGCUCAUGGAGAAGGGUCAUAAGCUCAAGGAUCUACCGAUCAUGUGGAGGCCUGGCAAGAGUCCGAUAAUGGUGCAGACGUCUUCGUUCGCUUCGACGAAUUUGACAAUAUCGGAGCAGCAGUCGGUAAGCGAGUUAGCAGCGGAGGACGUAGAGACCGCGCCGGUUAUCAACGAGCCGCGGAGAGGCUGGUUUAGCUUUUGGCGACGUCAAUAGUUGUAAUUCGUAUGCCAACGCCUCAUGUCGAUCAUGA